CCGUCACUUUCGACAGCCCCUGAAGGCAGCAGAACCGUUCCAGCUUGAAUAGCAACAUCAACGUUAGCUACACGUCAACGGAGGCUGACACCCGAUGACAAGCCUGUUGUCCUAAAUAAUCUGAACGAAGUGGCAACAGAUUUCAAGAAAAUGCUUGCAGAGUUGUCCAACCCGUCAGUGUGUAUGAGGGACCCUCAGAGGGUGCAGGACAUCCUGCAGUCCAUGGUGAAGGCUGGCUCCAACACCGUGCAGGUGAUCUCAGAUUUUGACAUGACCCUGACGAGAUUUGCACACAAUGGCAAAAGGUGUCCCACCUGUCACAAUAUUCUCGAUGACAGCAAACUUAUCUCCAGCGACUGCAGACAAAAGCUGAAGGAGCUGCUCAACACAUACUACCCCAUAGAGAUCGACUCCUCGCGGUCAGUCGAGGAAAAGCUGCCCCUUAUGGUGGAGUGGUGGACUAAAGCCCAUGAAAUACUGGUAGAGCAGAAGAUUAGGAAGGACCUGCUGGCCAGUGUGGUGCAGGAGUCUGAUGCCAUGCUGAGGGAGGGCUACCAGCUCCUCUUUGACCACCUGCAUGAGCACAGCAUCCCUCUGCUCAUCUUCUCUGCUGGAAUAGGAGACAUCCUGGAAGAGGUUAUUCGUCAGGCCGGGGUCUUCCAUCCCAAUGUCAAAGUCUUCUCCAACUACAUGGACUUUGAUGAGUCUGGAGUGUUGAAAGCUUUCAAGGGAGAGCUGAUCCACAUCUACAAUAAAAGGGAAGGUGCGCUGCUCAACACCGGCCAUUUUCAAGAGCUGCGGACGCGGCCUAACGUGCUACUGCUGGGAGACUCUCUGGGAGAUCUGACUAUGGCUGAUGGGGUGCAGGACAUGGAAAACAUUCUCAAGAUUGGAUUCCUCAAUGACAAGGUGGAGGAGAGGAAGCAGUCUUACUUGGACUCAUAUGACAUUGUGUUGGUAAAGGAUGAGACCCUGGAAGUCCCUAAUGCUAUACUGCUCUACCUCACUGGCAAUAAGGGAACUGAGAAUUGAAAAUACCACAACCAUUGGUAUUGGGCAUUCAAGGGCAUCAGCUGAGGAGCCCCCUGCUCAGAAACUGCCAAUUGAAGGCUUACUGACAACCAGCUAAGAAUGUGUCAUUAUUUUUUAUUCCACAAAACUGUUCACCAGUCCAGUUGACAGCCGCAGGCCUCGCACAUCUCACCCUUUUAUAUCUCUGUCCACUGGCCUUCUUCUCUUGUUUAUUGUUUAAACUAUACUGUAUGUGAUAGAGGCCAGAUUUGCACUGCUCAUCUUCUGUGCAUCAUGUCAAGUUUUUGUUUAUUUGGGGGAAUAUUGGUGUUCUCAAACGGUUUUGGUAUUCAUUAAGGAUGUAAUGGUAAA